AUGACCAGCCCUACGACCACCAUCGCCGAGCUGGUAUCCAGGACUACCGAGACUGCCGUCGCCUCCUGCACCACUGCCGUCCCCGACGAGAACGGCUAUGUUCCCUCUGACGCGUGCAAUGCCAACUAUGGCUUCUACCCCAGCUUUGCCGCCAACUGCGCCUUUGCCGUCGUCUUCGGCAUCAGCUUCACCGCCCACUUCGUCCAGGCCAUUGCGUGGAAAAAGAGGUUCUGCUGGGUCCUGCUCAUGGGUGUCUCGUGGGAACUGCUCGCCUUCAUCCUUCGAACUGUUGGAAGCAAGGAUCAGCAGAACACGGCAUACGCCAUUGCCGGGGAGCUCUUCUUCCUCCUCGCGCCUCUCUGGAUCAACGCCUUUGUCUACAUGACCGCCGCCCGCGUCGUGUACUACGCCGUCGACGACCAGUCCGUCUGGCGCAUCAAGGCCACCUGGCUGACCCAGAUCUUCGUGUGGAUCGACGUCGUGUGCUUCAUCAUUCAGGCCGGCGGCGGCGUCCUCAUGUCCAACGAUGGCGCCGAGUCCGACCAGAACCUCAUCGACAUCGGGAAGAAGAUCUACAUGGCAGGCUGCGGCGCCCAGCUCGGCUUCAUCAUCGUCUUCAUCGGGUUGAUGGUCAGGGUCUACAUGAAGAUGCGGGCCACCCCCAGCCUCGAAGCCAACAUGUCCCGGGCCAUGCUGCUCUUCUGGACCUUGAUAGGCGUCCUCCUCUUCAUUGUGAUGCGCAUCAUCUUCCGCCUCGUCGAGUUCGGACCCGGCGCCGGCUCCGACAACGAGAUUCUGGCCCACGAGGCGUACGCCCUCUGCCUUGACGCCCUCCCCAUGACCCUCGCCGUCCUCCUCCUCAACGCCGUGCACCCGGGCUGGGUCCUCCGCGGCGCCAACAGCGAGUUCCCCCGCGCGACGCGCCAGGAGAGGAAGCUGGCCAAGGCGGAGAAGAAGGCGGCGAAGCAGCAGGCCAAGCUGGAUAAGAAGUCCGCCAAGGAGGAGAAGAAGCUGAAGAAGCGCGGCGACGCCACGUUUGUCGCGCUGGAUAACGAUCACAGCUCGGUUGAGGAGGUGGAGAUGGGACCGAGGCCGACUGCGCCGCUGCAGCCGUACAGUCCGUACGGGGGGCAUCAGUCUGAGUAUGCGACCUAUGAGGAUAUUGGCGAUAGCGGGCGUAGGGUCUGA